AGACUCUCUCUAUCCGGGUUUAUUUAUCAGUGACACCACAAGCCUGCUAAACCGCGUACUAGCUUCAUCUUUGUUGAUUGUUUUCGUUAGAAAUCAUAAGUGAAAUUAUCAUCUGGACUCAUCUUUUUCUAAAAUGGAGCCAGCAUGUCGAAAAGACAAACAGAAGCAGCAAACACCGACCCGUGGAGACAGAACCAAACAGAAAUCAGCCCAGCAGGAGCUAAAGCAGAGACAAAGAGCAGAGAUUUAUGCCCUGAACAAAGUCAUGACUGAACUUGAACAGCAGCAGUUUGAGGCCUUUUGCAAGCAGAAGCAAUCACAAGCCGAAUGAGAAAAACUCAUGUCAGGGCAAACAUACACAGGUUAGGGUUAUGUCAUGAUGUUACUCAUAUUUUUUUGUAUUAUUGUACACCAUUUGAUAAUCAUCCCUUUCAGCCCUUGACAUUUAAACCAAAAUGUAUUCGCUGGAGACUGAUGCACACACACACUACUUGAAUCUGAGUGUACAAUCACAUCGUGAAAGUUGGUCAGUAUGUACAAAACCAAAAAUAUCAUAAUCCAUUAUAUUUAUCAGAGAAUCUCCCUGUGAAAAGACAUUCACUCACUCUGUUCAGUUUUAUUUUCACUGUCAUUGUUAAUUGUGAUGUUUUAUGUGACAUUAUUGUCCUGAACAAGUAUUACAUUAUGUAUGAUUGCACAAAGCUAUUUUAGACAAUUUGUGACCUGUUGACUGAAGAAAAUUAAGAUACAGUUGUUAUUCUUUUGGUUUAUGAUUAAUUUAUUUUGUGACAUGUGACAUACAUGAUAGUUAUUGUUCUUUUGACCACAAGCGGUUUUUAACAGAUUAGUU